ACUUACACUCAGUUGUCCGCCCUCACUCACCCCCGCCCCCCUAUAAUGUAGCGAGGACGUCACGCAGCCUUGUACUGUAAUACAAGAAGUGAAAGAGCAGAGGAAACAGACACAGCUCAACUUCUAACCUUAACAAAGGCAGGGAUCUGUCAAAACGGCUGGAAAGAGAGAAAAGAAAGAGUGAGAGAGAGAAAGAAAGAAGGAGGGAGGGAGGAGCGAAAAAGGAAGGUGGGGGCAGGAAGGAGGAAAGAAGGGGUUGGAAGGAGAGAAACCCAAGGAGGAGAAGAAAGUCCUCGUAGCGUUAUAGAAAGUGAAGCAUGGUUCAUGGAGGAAGGUUUACGGGACCGAAGUGGGGGAGAUUUUAAACCAUUGCCUUCUUGGAUUAUGUUGGGUUCUUGGUACUGAAGCGUAGUGGUUUGGUCAGAGUAGCAGAAUGGAAAACCGAUUCCAGGCAAGUACGGAGUCAAAAAGGACCUGUCACUAAAUCCCAAGUAACUUCCAGAUCCAGAAACCACAAACGGCUCCCAGAACAGAUUCUCUUCUGGUGAACAAAAUGGUGCUUAUUGCCAUCCUCUAUAUGGUUCACUUAGAACAUGCUUGAACAUAAUCGUACUGGGAACAUCUUUUACCUUUGGAGAGGGAAAAUAUCACUUAAAAAAGAAAAGAUAACACGAUUGCUCUUCAAAACUGCAUGAUCCAAAGCACAACUCUACCUGCCACUAUUGGACAGAAGUUCACCCUUUUCCCCUUCACAGCUAAUGGUGCAGUAGUACAGAUGGAUCGCCACAGAGAGGCAGAAAUGGAAUUGAGAAGAGCCUCUAGUCCCAGCAAAGCAAAUAAGAGCAAUGAAGUGGAUGGAGAUAGGUCUUUGUGCCACAGCUGCUGCAUCUGUGGCAAGAGCUUUCCCUUUCAGAGCUCCCUUUCACAACACAUGAGAAAGCACACUGGGGAGAAGCCAUACAAAUGUCCUUACUGUGACCACAGAGCUUCCCAAAAAGGUAACUUGAAGAUUCACAUUCGGAGCCAUCGUACAGGAACUCUAAGUCAAGGACAUGAAUCUGAGAUGGGAGAGUCACAACUUGGAGAGAUGGGUGUGUCUGAGGGACUUGAUGGAUGUACUAGUCCUACUAAGAGCACCUCAGCGUGCAACAAGAUAUUGAAUGGGGCUACCCAGAUGGAAAACAGCAAAAUCUUGCUGAGAAGCAGCAAGAAAGAUGCAGGAACAGAUGCCUCUGCUGAAGAGGAUAAGAUCUCUGUGUUCCAAUGUACUUUCUGCAAAACCAAGUUUGAGAGAAAGAAAGACCUUGAACAGCAUAUACAUCAGGUCCACAAGCCAUACAAAUGCAGGCUGUGCAACUAUAUGACCUUGAGAGAGGAGACAUUAUUGAACCACAUUGAAAAGGACCAUAUCACAGCUCAGAUUCCAAAUGGGGAGACAUAUGUGGAGAAUGGCAAGAAUGAGCUCAGCCCUGGGGAAUUUCCUUGUGAAGUGUGUGGUCAGGCAUUUAGUCAAACCUGGUUCCUUAAAGCUCACAUGAAGAAGCACAGGGGCUCAUUUGACCAUGGAUGCCAUAUUUGUGGAAGGAGAUUUAAAGAGCCUUGGUUUCUCAAAAAUCACAUGAAAUCUCAUGGCCCAAAAACUGGGAACAAAAACAAACCAAAAAGUGAUUUGGAUCUGAUAGCUACUAUCAAUAAUGUGAUUCAGGAAGAAACUAUUGUGACUGGCUUGUCCCUCUAUGAAGUUUGCAUCAAGUGUGGGAACUUGUUUACAAACCUUGAGAGCUUAAAAGUCCAUAAUGCUGUGCACCGCAAGGUGGAAGGGAUUCGAAUCCAAGACAAAACCCAAGGGUUAGUGUCUGGAAGCUUCGACCCCUCUGAAACACAGCAGUUUUUCUUACAGUGCCUGAAUUUGAGACCAUCUGGAGGGGGAGAUAAAGUUACAAGUGGGCAGUCUGGAAAAAGAGUUGCAGAACUGGAUCCUGUUAACAGUUACCAGGCUUGGCAGUUGGCCACCAAAGGAAAAGUGGCAGAACCCUCAGAAUACCUGAAGUAUGGAGGAUGGGAUGAAACCUUGGCAGAUGCAGAUGUCACUUAUGACAAAGACAAGAGGGAGUAUAUCCUUGUGAGCCAGGAGAAGCGCAAGAGGGACCAAGAUUCCCAGACUUCUGGCAAUCCCAAGAGGAAGACUUUUUCAGGAGGGCGCUCAGAUAAGUCUGGAGGUGUUCAAUUAGGGGACAAUUGCUUUGUAGUUCAGGGUGAUACAGAUUACAGACCAUCUUCCCGCCAGAGUCGCCGGGCAACCCAGAAUAAUAAAUCAACUGAAUGCUUUGAAUGUGGAAAGAUUUUCCGCACAUACCACCAAAUGGUGCUCCAUUCCAGGGUACAUCGAAAAGAUCGCCGGACCUGCAGUGAGAGCGGGGCUACAGCACAACGAGAACGAUAUGGCUCCACCAGUGAAGGGGACUCGGGUUCUACUAGCCAGCCCAGCAGUCCUGGGUCUGCCUCGGCUCCUGAGGAUUCAUUGACCUCUGGGAUGGGAGAGGAGGGUGCUGAUGACAGCUUUGAGGAAGGAACCCCAGAAUCCUUGCCAGGAGGAAAGCCGUACAAUUGCAACUUUUCUGAAGAGGUACCUACAGUGCUGCCUCAUGGAGAUCACAAUCGUCAAUUUGGAAAUGGUAACAUGUCAGAAAAUAAGGCCAGUGAAUCAAAAUUAGGAAUAGCCAUUUCUGUUCCAAUACUUGAAAAUAACAUCCAAGAAGCUUCUAAAAAUGCCGAACAACACAGAUGUUCACUUGACUUAAAAAUGCCAGGGUUUCACCGUAAGCAAGAGAUUCCAGGGUCUGGCAACAGUGUGGAUUUUGUUUCAGGUAUGGAUCAAACAUACUCAGAAAUGGCAGUAGAUCUUCAGGUCUCAUUAGAAAACCAAGCUAGUCAUCCUAAAGAAAAGCUGUAUGAUUUGCACAACAAGGAGUAUCUUGGGGGAGGAAAAAAGGUGAUGACACCAGACCUGAUUCCACUAGAUUUAAGUCAGAAAUCCACAAGAAAUGAUUCCAGGAAUAAGGAUAUUGCUUCAUCCUUGCAGGCUGCUUUGAUUGUCCACCCAUGCCCUUACUGUAACCACAAGACUUACUACCCAGAAGUUUUGUGGAUGCACAAAAGAAUCUGGCACAAAGUGAGCUGCAACUCUAUGGCUCCUCAGUGGAUUCAGCAAAACGGUUAUAAAGGUAUAAAGAACACCGUGGUGUUUCUCGCCAGAAGCGGACGCACCGGACCUCCACCUGUUCUUGGGGGGAAAGACUGCCAGCCCUUGCCCAUUGCCCGAUUCACCCGCACCCAGGGCCCCACCGGGUUGUCAGCAUCUAAAAGCAGCUCCCCCCUGGGAGUCACAGUGAAACCAGCUAGUAUGCCUAAGAAUAAGGACAGCCCUUUGAGUGGCAACUCUGAGCUAUGGGCGUCAGGUCCUGAUGGGUAUCGGCAAACCAAAAUGACCCACGCCCAAGAGCAAUACAGUUCAGCUUCGCAGCUCUCACCGCAGCUGAAACCUAAGUAUGAAACCAACUCCAAACUGGUGCAUGCAGGCAGCUAUAGCCGAAGUGUAACGCCUACCCAGACGGUCAUAUCAAGGGCCACCCCGCAGCUCCCUAACAGUAAGCCAGCAGAGAAGUACUUGAUUUCUCCAGUGGCGGCCAGCUUUACCACUCCAAGUAAGCACUGUACGUCUGACUCCAUGAAGGCCAAAUUCAACCUUCAGCCUCAGUACCAACCUCUCUGUAAAUCCGAGCAUUAUUUGAAACCUGAAGGUCCCUCCCUGUCUCCCCGGGAACCCCACAACAAGGCUGCCCAGGAGCUGAGGACACUGGCCAACUGCAGUGUGGGAUCCAGGGGAAGCCCAGUGAUGCAAGCUCAGGCCACUGUGACGGGAGCUCCCUCAGUCUUACACUCCCUCAAACAAGAGCCAGCACCUGAGGGCCAUGACAAACGGCUGGACAUUCUAAACAUUUUCAAGACAUACAUUCCAAAGGACCUUGCUACGCUCUACCAGAGCUGGGGUGCUAAUGGCCCUGCCUUAGAACAUAGAGUGGUAUUUGAAUCUAAUGGACUCCGAGAGACUGAAGUUCACACCACCUCUACAGAUGCCCCCAAACAAGGGAGAGACCAUUCUAAUUCAGACAUUGCCCAUACAGUGCCUCUCAGAAAGGGAACCUAAACACACCUAGCCAGUGUGUGCACCGAGAACCAUUUAACCAGGAGUUAACAGUACCCUGACUGAUGGUUACAGCAGCCUCCAAACAGUGACCUACAUAGCCCUGCCUGGAUGACUUCCCUACAGACCCUCAAAUCCUUGGUGCCGCUGUGCUAAAGUGGAAACUCAAGGGAGAUGCCUCAAUAUUCAUAACCAUUUAAAAAUAAAUGAAGAUCUUACAUACCUAAUAUAUAUAUAAUAUGUAUGUAUGUAUAUGUUAUACAUAUACCUUGUGUACACAUGCUAAUCGGUUCCAUGGUUCCAUAUUUCCUUUAUAAUUAACAGUGGGACUAGCAAGCGCUGUGACAACACAAGGUUCCUACAUCAUUCAAGAUGAGUUUGAGACACUGGAAAACCAAGCAGAACAAAACUACGCGUUUUGGAGAACGUCAUGAAGUUAAGCACUGUAACAAGACUCUCCCUGAUGCUCCUGAGGACUCCUAUUUAACUGCAUUGGAACAAAUAGUGGUGGAUUUGAGGGAUGAUGAAGUGUUAAUACUUACCACUCCUUGUUAUAGAGGAAAAGCAAACUGAAAAGAGUCCGUAAAACAUCGGAAGGAAGUGGUAUUUGGUGCUGUGAAAAACCAUGCUUGAGCGAACAGGGACUGAUGGGGAGAAGACCAUAUUUCUCCAAUGGUUCUAUUUCAUUUAAAUCUGGGGGCCACUUGCAUUUCCCAUGUGAUUGUUCUAGACUUUUCGUUCACCAAGAGUUCUACAUGAAUAUGGAAAUGGAAACACUUCUAUGGAUAUGCUUAUACUCUGCUUUGGACAAGAAAGCUAGUUGAACACUAAGAAAAGCAGGCUUCUGUAUUUUACUCUCAGGACCUUUUUGUAACAGGGCUACAUUUGGCAAACUGCUCACAAAAGAAGACUGCACGUUUUAACAGCCACUGAAUGCUCCUAAUGUGUACAUGUUUUUAAUAAUAGCAGAAGAGUCUCUGAGCAAAUGUAGGAAAUCUAGAUUGCUCUGUAUGCUUCUGUCUUCUUGUUUUUUUUUUUUCCCCCCCAGCAAGUCAGUUACCCCUUUUCUUCUUGGGCCUAGUGACAUCCCCCCCUUUCAAAAAAAAAAAAAAGAUGACUUACCUUUUUCAUGGUGGCAGGUUAAUAAUGUUCUUUAUAAUAUGUCAUGUAUUGUACUUGGUGGUCACUGGUAGUGUUAGGGGGGAAAAUGCUUUAUAUACCUCUUCCUCAGUAACUCUUUCAAAUGCAAGUUUUCGCGGUGGGGAUUAAGGCACAUAACAAAGGAUCUUAAACCAUGCAGUGUAAGCAAUUAAAAAAAUGUAUUCCACAGAUAUAAAUAUUUUCUUUCCUUAUUGCUGUGACACUAUGUGUGAUGGUAAUAUUUCUGAGAGUUUCAGAUUUUUGCACAUAUGAUUUUAUGCAUUAUCAAAAGUUACUGCUGCCUUGAAAGAAAAUGUUCUGUGAAAUUUUUUGCAAAAGCUUUACUAGGUUUUUUUUAAAUUGUGACAUUUUGUAAAGGCAGGAAAUGGAUUAAAACUAGCAUGCUAAAUAUAUUUUUCAAAAAAAGCAAUAAUUUUACAUGUACAGAAAUUAUCCUAACCUUUAAUACUGGUGAGAGCAAGUUUACUUAAUACAGUAAUGGACUAGUGCAGUUUUUUUGUAGUAAAUGGGCUUCUGAUACAAAGAUUUGUUUAAAAAAAAAAAAAAACAGCAACAAAAACCCUAAGGUGUGGUUUUUCUGUUCUAAUGAUUUGUUGAGUUUUUAUAAUUAUUAUAAUUAUAAUUAUUAUUUUUAUUAGACAAAGUUUGGUUCUGGAUUCUACUUGUUAUUGGUUUUGGAUUACUUGACAGUUCAUCUUACUUUGCAAUGCUUGCAACAAUGCAAUGUAACUUGCUAGUGUAUUUUUUUUUUUUUACUUAUUUUCCCUCAUAUCCCUACACCAGAUGUGUACCAGAAUUCUCUGUAGUACUGGUAUAAUUAGGAAUGUCUGUGCAAAUACUUAGAAGUGACUGUAAUUGACUGUUUUGUAAAAUUAUUUUGAGUGAAGUUGCAUAGACACAUUCCACUGUUCACCUGUUCUGUUGAUUUAUGUUUGAUCAUCCUUUGGGGUUCACACUAGCGAUAAUUUUUGCCUUUCUGGGUCCUGUUUCCUUGGCUUAAAGUAAAUGGUGACAAUUCAGGAAUGCAUCAAAGCUAGCUGCUUAGAACCCUGUUUGCUUCUCUAUGUUUUUAGCUAUUAAAAAAAUUAUUCUGUACCCAAAGUGACACAAAAGUGUAGUGUACAUUUGUGAUUUUUCAAAAGUGAUAUGGAAAAUCCUAAUUAAUAUUUGGAAAUGAAAGCUUCUGGGUGAAUCUUCCUUUUUAGAGUGUCUGACAGAAAGAAGAGGAAAAUGCUGUCACUUCCAUUACCAGGGUACUAAUCAACAAAGUUUACAAUCAGAAUUUAGUUACAUAGAGAACAACAGUAGGGGGAAAUCAGUUUAAAUAAUUAUAUGCUGUGUUUGGUGCAGAAAUCAGAUUUUCACUUAAUUAAACAAAUGUGUGGGGGUUGAGGAACCUUCCAAGAAUGCCAACCUCAAAGACAAGCUGUUUGCAGGAAUGAAACUCUGGUUUAUACUUUUCCAUUUAAAAAAAAUUAUCAAUGUUGUUGUAUCGCUUCAUUAAUUCAUUUCUCUGAGUUUGACCAUAGUAUUUAAAAUGAUUUGUGUUCCAUAUUUAUUUAGCAAAUGAUCAGCAUUUUAAAAAACUGCAAUUUUAGCAUGAUAUACUUCUGUAAACCAUCUUCUGACUGUUACAGACUUCCUACUACCUCUACCAGAAUCUACCUUUCCUUGCUAUUUAACAGGAUUUUUUACAGUGUUGCAGCUUAAUGUAACUUAGACAAUAAAGGGUUUGAUUAUCUAU